AUGAUUACUCGGGAGAGGUCUCGGUGGUUGAAUCGACCGAGAGAUGUCGGAGCCAAUUUAGUCUGUAUGAUUCAAUUCGAACUUUGCCGAUCAUUAGCAACGAAUAAUCUAACAAGUAUUGAACAAGAUUGUACACAAAUGUGGAAGGAUAUAACUAUUCUAUCGUCCAACAAUGGCGGGGUCAAAAUGAUUGGUCUUAUCAUUUUCAUGGAACACAGUUAUUGCCCGGUGCCUACGGGAAAGACUGGGCACAAAAUUAUCUUUGCGUUGAUUGUAUGUAGUCAUCAGACAACAUAUGCCAUCGAUGAACAGCAAUUAUUGGUAUUCGUGCAGCUUAUUACUAAAGCUGACAUAAUUCUUUCCAAUGAUACGAAAGUACAAAUAUUAAACUUAGCCAAUCGUCGUGAAGAUAAAAAAGCAGAACAUAGUGGUCAAGGUGUGCUUAAUUUAUACACAAGUCAAACUUAUGAUUACGACAAUAUUUUUCCACUUCUCAAUUGGAAAGCGCUGAAUGCAAUGAUGAAUACAAUAACACAUAAUCUGACUGCUACACGAUCAUGGCACUUUUAUGAUGACGUAAUAAUCGCAUUGGCUACAGACCUUACAUUGAUAACGCAAACAACAGGAUGGACAAUCUUGGCGAAUCGUUUGCUUCCCAUUGGACAAAUAACUGUUGGUUUCUUUAAUGAGACUACUGUUAAACUUUCUGAUGGUAACUAUUCGUUUCCUUUUGUUAAAGGAAGAACAUCCAAUAUUCAAUGGAUACAUAUAGGUCAUUCGAAUAUAGGUUACCUUCUGCAUUCACAGUGA